AUGACGGUCGACUGGGAUGCGCCGGCAGCCAAGGUUUUAUCACCGGUGAAACUCGCUCAUGUCGUGCUCCGCACCAACCAACUCAAAGCCAUGGUUGAUUACUACAAGACCUUUCUCGGGGCUGAGGCAAUGUAUGAGAACGACGUGCUCGCAUUCUUGACCUACGAUGAGGAACACCAUCGUAUCGCGAUAGUUCAGAUGCCAGGGACGAAGAACAAAGACCCACAGACCUGCGGCUUGGAGCACACUGCCUUCACCUACAACACCCUCACUGAUCUUCUUUUGGCUUACAGGCAGCGUAAGCAGAAGGGGAUCCAACCUUAUUGGCCGAUCAACCACGGGCCAACUACAUCCAUUUACUACAAGGACCCAGAUGGAAACAUGAUCGAAACUCAGGUCGACAAUUAUGAGGAUGCCGAAUCGGCCACUGAGUUCAUGAAGUCCAAAGCAUUUGCUGAGAAUCCUAUUGGUGUGGAUUUCGAUCCAGAGGAUUUUAUCAAGCGCUUGUCUGCUGGGGAGAGCGAGUCUGAGCUACAGCGAAGGGUAGAGAUUGGACCGCGAGCAUUGCCAACAAAUGCUUGA